GCACUCGGCGGCAGUCGUAUGGGUACGGAAAGUCAGAGCAGGGGAUCACUCGGACUGCUAGUGAGCUUUUCUCUGGUCUGAGUUCACGAUCAUUAUAGAAAUGUCCGGGGAUAACGAAGAGACGCAGACGGCCGAGGAGACAUCAGUAGACGAGAAGGAGGUUCAGGACAAGGUGAUCAGUCCUGAGAAGGCAGAGGAGGCUAAACUGAAGGCCAGAUACCCAAAUUUAGGAAAUAAACCCGGAGGCUCUGAUCUGCUUCGCAAACGCCUCCAAAAGGGGCAAAAGUACUUUGACUCAGGUGACUACAACAUGGCUAAAGCAAAGAUAAAGAACAAACAGUUGCCAACAGCUGCACCAGAGAAGACCGAGAUCACAGGGGACCACAUCCCCACCCCGCAGGACCUGCCCCAGAGGAAACCCUCUCUGGUGGCCAGUAAACUGGCAGGCUGAUGCACACGCAGCCACGUCAUCCCCUGCAGCACCUCCUAGCCCUAACCCUCUACCUCUCCCACCCCUCACAGCACCACCUGUCCCCAACCUCUGCCCCCUCCCCAACAGCCUGGACCCCACCCAACAAGAACCCACAUCCUAAUACUCAGUGAACUGGCUAGCUGGUACCUUCAAAUCCUGUUUAUUUUUGUUUUCACCCCACUGGGCCCUUCCCUUGUCUUUUUUUUGUCCCUUGCUACCGCCCCCCCCCUCCCCAAAUUGACUGCCCUUUUGUCAUUGUCCUCUUACUUUUCCAUGUUCCUUUUUAUUUUCUCAUUACUUCAAUGUAAGAUACACUGAAAGACAGGACAUCCAAGUGUGAGUGUGACGACUGUGACUCUUCCGUACGAGUGAUGGACGAUGGAUACCACGGUGUUUACUGGCUGAAGAGAGGGGCGAGAAACAGAAGCUGCAUCUUGUGUGGUUGGAGGGCUUUGGUAUAGACAUCAGGAGAUAUAUAUAAAUAUACAUAUAUAUAUUUGCUUUUGUUUGGCACAGGGGCAGACGUCAGCCUUUUACAAAGUUUAACAUCAGAUUUGUUUCAUUCACUGUAUGUCCUUAUUCUAAAUUGUGCUGUCAGUAUGCUUGAGUGAUUGACUGAGUAUAGUAAUCCAGAGGCCAAGCUCAGUUUUAUUAACACUUUGAUUGUGAAACAUGGGGGGUGGGGCCAUACUAAAGAACCACACAGCGAAGGCCAGAGUAUCAUGAGGAACUGCAUGUGCGACGCAGGGCUCCAAAAGGCAAACCUCACUGAGCUCCAUUUGAAUUCCUGAAGGUGCACUGAACAGACAAGUAAACUGAAAAGCUCGGGUGCAACAUGGAAGCUCUGGGUGGAAGAUAAAUGGUUCAUUCAAGACAUCCUGAAACGAAGAACUUUUGUCAAGUAUAAAAGAGAAGGGGGCACCGUUCUUGGCUUCAGUCUGAAAUGUCAUGUUGAAAGUUUGCAUUGUGUUUGUGGUGUGCCAUGCAUUUCAGCGUCAGGGGACGACACAGUCCUCUCCCUUGGGUCAAAGUUACUAGUUCCAAGUUGUCAUGAAUGAGGCAUUACUGUGUUAGAAGUGGGUAGUGGGGGUAUAUGGGACCUGAAAGCUAUAUUCCUGUCAGUAGGGACCAGUGUUUGUGCUGUGUGAGUAUAAAUCUGUUAAAAAAAUGUACUGGGAGCAGCUCUUGGCACUGGGAACAAAGACUGUAAUGAAUUAUGUUGAGAUUUGGGGGGGAAAAAUCUUCUAUGCGCAUAAGUUAAAGUAGUUCUAUCUUAAAAUUGUCCUCGGCCCUGUGUAGUGCUUUUCCAGGGGCCUCGCUGACUGGAUGAAGUUUACCUGUGAUGUGGUAAAUCUAAGCUAGCAGUACAUCCAUCUGAGCUGUGCAUGUAUGUGGCUGCCCUGCUGUCACUUUGUGCCAUUUUGUUUUGUAAAUACAAUAGUUUUGCACAAAUGUUU